AAAUUAGUAGCAAAUUCCAAACAGUAGAAAGUUUCGAGGAAGCUGCUCAACAAGGUGCUAAAGCAACAGGUUUUGCUUUUAGUAUGUCAUCGUCAAAAAUGUCAUGCGAUGAAAAAGAUGGCCAAGCUUCCUAUAUUAUUUUACAAUGUACAAUGGGGGGCGAGUAUAGAAAUAAUCAUAAUAUUAUUGAAGAAACCAGGAAAAGUAUUAAAUUUACAAAGCAUCAAGGCUGCCCUGUUGCUUUGUAUGCUGUUUUGGAUGAGAAAACCGGUGUUUGGAUACUUAAUACAAAACAAAAGGAACUAGUUCAUAUGAUGCUUAAAAGUGAAGCACCAAUUCAGUUAGUUGCUGAUGCGAUGUUAGAAGAACGCCAGUACAUAGUUCGCCAUUUAUUAUCAAAAGAUAGUUGUAUAAAAAACUUAUUUUUUACCCAUAUUGAAGCUGCACAUCGUGCUGCUAUAUAUCCAAAGGUGCUAAUCGUUGAUUCAACUUAUAAAACAAAUUUGUACAAGCUCCCUUUAAUAAAUUCUGUUGGGAUAAGAACAU